UUUAGUUGUGACUGGGACGCGUUGACGAAUACUCUACUCGCACGAGCAACGCGACCUCGUCCUUUUGACAUUGUCUUAUCACUUAUCAGCGCUUAUCUACGAUCAAUGAAACGGACCUCGAUGUAGAGAUAUGACCAUUCGUUUUGGCAAUUACAUUCAGUGAAUUCAUAUUCGAUGCACAUGUUGUACCAAACAUGUUAUCAGCUGAUCCUAAUUGAUAAUUAAUUGUCGUGCGUAUCGUGAUACUUGGAUGCUGUUUAUCAUAUUGGUGUAGGUUGUGAUUAUGGCGCGUUAACCGUAGUGUCGUACAAGUGGGUGGCAUAAUUUUCAAAAACGGUUUCUCGAUUGGCCGAAGAUGGAUAGGACAAUGUACGGCAAGGUGCUGCCAGGCACUUAUUAUCCAUUCCGCUGCGCUAUGAAGGAGAACGGAAUAUCGCCGGGCUAUGCCCUGUUAGCGGACCUGCAGAACUCCAUAAAUCCGGGUCGAGUUAGCAGUCCCAUCGGACGGACCACGUCACCGAGUGCCCGGACGAAUUCCCCGGGACGAACCGCGUCGCCUAUUGGCAGGGGUGGUUCUCCUGGUAGAUUGAGCUCUCCUGGUGGAAGUUUGAGCUCCCCCACGUCUACGGGAUAUGGCUCCAUCAAUGGCUCAAGGAACAUUGGAUCUGAUUAUGCUAAACCGGCAUCGCCGACGUACCAGAACACAUCGUCGUUACACGACAAAUCCACGCCCCUCAAGUACACAAGCACGCAGACGAACUACGCGUCGCACACGCCUAGCUACACGGGGCAACCGGGCUAUGGCAGAACCAGAGGCAACCUGUCCGAACUGGACACUCUUCUCGACGAUCUGAGCAAUGCGAGAUACGGGAACUACGUGGAGAAGAACACGUAUGCGGAUAGGACAGAUACUUACAACCGCACAAACGGCGCGACGAGCCCAGCGUCAGCGAGGCCCACUGUGGAUUCGCUUCUCGAUCAACUGAGCACGGAAGUGCAUAAUGGCCGCGCCUCAACAUCCCCCGUACCACCAUCAGGCACGCUCCCGCGCCCCGGUACCAAGCAAGUCACUGUAACAGUACAAGAAACAGUGGUGGAACCGGCAGCACCACCACCGCAACCGCAAGUCACCACCACGCACCGUCACCACGCGUCCAGCGCCACCAAGGAGCUGGAUGAUCUGAUGGCGUCACUUUCCGACUUUAAGGUGAGCGGGUCAGGGGCGCCCCCAGGAGUCGAAGGCGGCACUCAAGUGUAUCGCGAGAAGCGCGGCUGGCAGGAGCACUACCGCAGCAGCCCGCGGCAACCGGAGUCAGCGUCGCUUGAACACAUGCUCGGAUCUCUCCGGGCAGACAUGAGCCGCCAAGGAGUACAGACCCCGCAGAAGGGAUGCUGCAACGCCUGCGAGAAACCCAUCGUCGGACAGGUGAUCACGGCGCUGGGCCGCACCUGGCACCCGGAGCACUUCACGUGCGCGCACUGCAACCAGGAGCUCGGGACUAGGAACUUCUUCGAGCGCGACGGAAGGCCAUACUGCGAGCCGGAUUACCACAAUCUGUUCUCGCCGAGAUGCGCCUACUGUAACGGACCGAUCCUCGAUAAAUGCGUAACAGCGCUCGAAAAGACCUGGCAUACAGAGCAUUUCUUCUGCGCUCAGUGUGGCCAGCAGUUCGGCGAGGAAGGUUUCCAUGAAAGGGACGGCAAGCCCUACUGUCGUGCGGACUACUUCGACAUGUUCGCCCCCAAGUGUGGCGGCUGCAACAAACCCAUCAUGGAAAACUAUAUUUCCGCCCUCAAUACUCAGUGGCAUCCAGAUUGCUUCGUGUGCAAGGAGUGUCGCGAGCCGUUCCACGGCGGCUCGUUCUUCGAGCACGAAGGGCAGCCAUACUGCGAGACGCACUACCACGGCAAACGGGGCUCCCUCUGCGCCGGGUGUCACAAACCCAUCGCCGGCAGAUGCAUCACGGCCAUGUUCCGCAAAUUCCACCCGGAACAUUUCGUCUGCGCAUUCUGUCUCAGACAACUCAAUAAAGGCACGUUCAAGGAACAAAACGAUAAACCGUAUUGUCACGCCUGCUUUGAUAAACUUUUUGGUUAAAAAAUAUAGAUGGCGCGCAUUUCAAAGUCCACAGAUUAUUUAUGUCUUCUAAAGAUGAACUGCCAUAUGUAAAAUAUAAGAGGACGUUAUUCAAGAUUCUAAAUAAUAGCAACUGCAGUAAGAUAUAUAAAUGUAUGUGAAAUUCUAAAAUUCGUAGAUUUAGCGAUGGAAAUAAUGAUGUGAUGAUUGAAUUAGUGUUCGUACUAAAAUGGUUCUAAUAUAAGAUAGAAAGGAAUUGUUGGUCGUAUUAUUAUUAUUGUAACGUGCAAUUGGUCUAGUGUUGAGAACAGUAGUUGUAGGUAGUAUUUUUGAAAGUAUUUUCAAAUUACGAUACGAUACGAGAAAAUAUACUUAUGUGUAAGUGCUUCAGAUGUUACUCACAAGAUUUAUUACACAAAUUUUGAGAUUUUUUUUAUAUGUAAUAGAUUUUUUCAAGGCAUAAGUAAAAUGGUACUACAAAACUUUUAAGUGACUUAUGUUGAAUUGAAAAAAACUUGACUAUUAUUUUAAACUUAAGUUUAAAAGCCAUAAUAGCUGCAUUUUAACAAACGCUUUAUAAAUGUAAAGGUUUAUUUUCUGUUAUUUAUUUAUGAUAUAGU